GGACGUGGACAGUUACUGGCGGCGGAGCUUCCAUCAAGGUUACUCAGAAGAACUCUUUCCAAAUUCAUAGAGCAACUAUUAAUAUAAGCCGCUCAACUCUGUUCUCUCUGUCUCUCUCUCUCUCUCUCUCUCAUUCAUACUGAUAUUCUAAACAAAAACAUGGAUCUUCAAACCCUAAAUCGAAACACUUACUUUCUAAUGCAAAACCCUAAAUUCAAACAAUUGUAUAAUCGUCCGACUUUCUUCAACCAAUUGCAAUUGCAAGUUCACUUCUCUUUGCAAUGCCAUCGCAAACCUCGCAUGCCUUCAAGCCUCCGAAUCUUUCAUGUAGCGGCAAAAAAUCAGUUCAUUACUGCUUGCAUUAGUCCAAGCCAAGAAGUUGUCGGUGGUGAAGAUUCCAAAAUGGCUUCGGUUGAAGAUGAAGAUGAAGAAACAGAGGUGGUUGAGUCAAAAAGAGAAGAGUUCGUGGUGAAUGACAGUAUUUGGAAUCAAAUGGUAGAAAUUAUGAAGUUUUCAGGGCCAGCUAUUGGUUUGUGGAUUUGUGGACCAUUGAUGAGUCUCAUUGACACUGUUGUGAUUGGUCAGCAAAGUUCUCUUGAGCUUGCUGCUUUAGGUCCUGGGACUGUGGUUUGUGAUUAUAUGAGCUAUGUUUUUAUGUUUCUUUCAAUUGCUACAUCAAAUAUGGUCGCUACUUCACUUGCAGGACAGGGUAAAGCCGAAGUGCAGCAUCAGAUAUCUAUCUUGCUUUUUGUUGGGUUGAUUUGUGGUGUAUUAAUGCUGUUUUUUACAAAAUUCCUGGGUGUAUGGGCACUAACUGCUUUUACUGGCCCAAAGAAUGCGCAUAUCAUACCUGCAGCAAACACAUAUGUUCAGAUUCGAGGCUUAGCAUGGCCUGCAGUGCUUGUUGGAUGGGUUGCUCAAAGUGCCAGUCUUGGCAUGAAAGAUUCAUGGGGACCUUUGAAGGCCUUGGCAGUUGCCAGUGCUGUAAACGGCAUUGGUGACAUAGUCUUAUGCACAUUCCUAGGUUAUGGUAUUGCUGGAGCUGCUUGGGCAACAAUGGUGUCGCAAAUUAUUGCAGGUUAUAUGAUGAUUGAAGCUCUGAAUAAGAAAGGAUAUAACGCUUUUACCAUCUCUGCGCCAUCACCCACUGAGCUUCUGCAAAUAUUUAUGAUUGCUGCUCCAGUGUUUGUGACAAUGAUGUCGAAGGUUGCAUUUUACUCUCUCAUUGUAUAUUUUGCUACAUCAAUGGGCACACACACUGUUGCUGCUCAUCAGGUCAUGAUGCAACUUUACGGCAUGUGUACCGUGUUUGGUGAGCCUCUUUCUCAAACUGCUCAGUCAUUUAUGCCUGAGUUGAUGUAUGGAGUUAAUCAAAGUUUGGCAGAGGCUCGAAGACUGUUAAAGUCGCUGCUGAUCAUUGGAGCACUAAGCGGAUUGAUAUUAGGUUCUAUUGGAACAUUUGUUCCCUUGAUGUUCCCCAAUUUUUUUUCACCUGAUCCUGAGGUCAUAGGGGAGAUGCACAAAGUGUUGAUUCCAUUCUUCCUUGCAUUGUGUGUAACACCCUCUGUUCAUAGCCUUGAGGGGACAUUGCUGGCUGGGCGAGACCUCAAAUUUAUUAGUUUGUCAAUGAGCGGGUGCUUUUCUUUAGGCACUCUUUUUCUAAUGCUGGUGAGCAGUCAAGGAUACGGUUUGUCAAGUUUCUGGUGCGCCCUUGUAGGGUUUCAAUGGUCUCGUUUUUUUAUUGCUCUACUACGCCUCAUGUCACCCAAUGGCAUGCUUUACUCAGAAGAUUUGGCCCAACAUCGACUGGGAAAGCUGAAAGUUGCCUAGUUGUGGAUCUAUUGUCAACGGUGUUCGGAUCCUUUCAGUGAAACUGUCUGGAGUUGCCGUGCAGUACACAAAAUGUCGUUUUGCAUACUGAAGGCUUAAAAAAAAAACAGAAAAGAAAAGAAAAGAAAGUGAGAGGCAGACAGAGAGAGAAAACAAAUGCCAAAAGAAGGUGAAGUAGACACAAUAGAGAGAGAAGACAGCAGAUUCAUUAAUAUACCAAACGACAGAUUUUAGACCAUGUUUCCAAAAGAAGAAAAUUGUUAUUCCCAAGUUCUAAAUAGCCCCAUUCACAGUUGAUUUGGGUGUAAAAAAUAAGAAUGACUUAGUUUUUUGCUA